GCGGGCGGUGCUACCUGCGCCCUUGCCCGCCCCCGGAGCUCCGCGGCACCGGCGGAGCGGCGCGGCUGCGGGCGGACGGCGGCGCGGCUCUCCCGGAGCGCCGGGACUGCCGCAGAACACUGUGAAAUUAUCAUCAGUGGUAAAUACGGGUUCAGAAAAACGUGAUGACUUCAGGGAUUCUAUUGAGACCUUUUUAAAUGGUUUUGAGUGAUGUAAUCAGGUUAAAUACAAGGAGUGAUUUUGCAAAGUGGACAGUAAUGGAGUAUAUGAGCACGGGUAGUGAUAGCAAAGAGGAGAUUGACUUGUUGCUAGCUGAUCUAAAUAUGUCUGAGGUGAUAGCCAUCAUGGAAAACCAUUAUCCAGGUGAAGACAUUGCAGCCUAUGAAGACAGCUUAAUUACCAUGUGUGAAGAGGCAAAUCAAAAUGAUGAACGUGCAGAAUCAUUGCUGUUUUGUGAAGGGGAGGUCUCUUUGAUGUCCUCUGUCAAAUACGGGACUGUGGAAGACCUGCUUGCUUUUGCCAAUCAGGUGUCUAACACUGCAAAGCAGUUUAAAGGAUGCAGACAACAGGAAUCUGGAAUCCUCUUGAAUAUGAUCACACCCAAGAACGGGCGCUAUCAGAUUGACUCGGAUGUGCUCCUGUUUCCAUGGAAGUUGACUUACAGGAAUAUUGGUUCUGAUUUUAUUCCUCGGGGAGCUUUUGGGAAAGUGUACUUAGCCCAAGACAGAGAGACCAAGAAACGAAUGGCAUGCAAAUUGGUCCCAGUGGAGCAGUUCAAACCGUCAGAUGUUGAAAUACAGGCAUGUUUCCGUCAUGAAAACAUUGCUGAAUUAUAUGGCGCUAUUUUGUGGGAUGAGACAAUCCAUCUCUUCAUGGAAGCUGGAGAGGGAGGAUCUGUCAUGGAAAAGCUGGAGAGCUGUGGGCCUAUGAGAGAGUUUGAAAUAAUUUGGGUGACAAAGCAUAUUCUGAAAGGACUUGACUUUCUCCACUCGAAGAGGAUUAUCCACCAUGAUAUCAAACCGAGCAACAUUGUCUUUAUGUCAACUAAGGCUGUUUUGGUGGAUUUUGGCCUAAGUGUUCAAAUGACUGAAGACAUUUACUAUCCCAAAGAUCUUAGAGGAACAGAGAUUUACAUGAGCCCUGAAGUUAUCCUUUGCAGAGGCCACACAACAAAAGCAGACAUCUACAGCAUGGGAGCUACUAUUAUCCAUAUGCAAACAGGCAUCCCACCCUGGGUGAACAGAUACCCUCGUUCUGCAUACCCCUCCUACCUCUACAUUAUACACAAGCAAGCUCCCCCUUUGGAGGAUAUUGCUGAGGACUGCAGCACUUCCAUGAGGGAGUUGCUGGAAGCAGCUCUGGACAGGAACCCUAACCACAGGCUGUCUGCAGCAGACCUGCUGAAGCACGAGGCCUUGCACCCACCCCCGGAGGAGCAGCCGCGGUGCCAGAGCCUGGACUCGGCCCUCUUUGAAAGGAAAAGGCUUCUUGCCAGGAAGGAUCUGCAGCUGCCAGAAAAUAUCACAGAUUCCUCAUUGUGUAAUGGGAGCAUGGAAGAGUCAGACCUCCUAAAGAGACAAAGAUCUCUCUACAUAGACCUUGGAGCUCUAGCUGGUUACUUCAAUAUUGUUAGGGGACCACCAGCCUUAGAAUAUGACUGACUCAGUAACAUUUUAUGUUGAUGAGUCAGAAAUGGACCUCUACCUCUUCCAACUUGGUUUUAAGACUUGAUUUUCCAAUUUGUACAUAAAACUAUUGCCAUUAUAGGCUGUCAAAUGUGAAUAGUGUUUAAUUGCACAGAUGAUUAAGCUAAACCCUUAGGGGGUCUGAUAAGCUGAUCCCAAGCAGUGAUGUUUGUGUGUCUGCUGGUUGACCAACAAGAAGAUGGCAAAAAGAACACUGCUGCUGGGAAUGUCUUAAUCCAGGAUAUCUUCCUGUGCUGGGCCUUGCACUUUUGUAAAACUUGUAUUAUAUGCUUGCAAAUAAUGUCAGGAAAAAAUAUAAUAUAAUUUAGCAUCUGGGCUGUAAGAUUCAGUCUCUCUGAGCUGUCCUUAGAAAAAACAUUCCUGCCACCCUCCACCCCCCAGAAAAAAAAGGAAAAAAGAAGUCCUUGUUUUGACCAGUUAAUACUGGUUCAGUCUUUUUUUGUAUUUAAGACUUGGUCAUUCUUGGUCUUUAAGAUUUGGUCAGCCUCUAGGCAUUCUUAAUGAAAAUUAAGAAUGUCUGUAGGGUCAGAUUAUCACUUGUUUGCAGAUGUGUUUUAACUUUACAUCUUGCCUGGACAGUGGGAGCUAAGAAGGAGGCUGUCCCCUUCUCUGUGGGUUAAGGGAAUCUUUCCCUGGCAGUAUCAGUCAGCUUUGGGAUUUGCACAAGUUACCCUGGCAAAGUAUGACAGUAUGACUUCCUUACUAUGUUACAACUACUGCAAGGGUAUCUGUGAUAGUUUUCAAGGGUAGAUGAAAUGUUAAUGCUCUAUUGGUAACAGUGGGCAGGCUCCUAACUCUUGCUUUUUAAUACUUUAAAAUUGUACACUUGUAUAAUUGCUCUGAGUGCUAUGGUUUGGAAAGCGUGUCAUUAAUGACAAGCAGUGUUUAUGUUCCUAUGGAAAUGGAAUUAUAUUGUUCUUGCUGUGCCUUAUACAUUUGAAACAUGAUGUUUUGGAUGAUAGUAAAACUAUGUAAACUGCAUAGUUCUGUACAUCCCAUGGGAUGAGAACGUAAACUUUUAUAAAACUCUUUCUGAUGCUUAGGAUGCCUCUUUAUAAGCAUUUGUGUUAAAUGGCAUACUGUGUAUGUUGUACACUGAAUCUUUUCUGAAGCACAGUCUCUUUUUCAUGUCUGUUAUUUAAUGCUGCUCCUCUCUAACACAUGGUCUUAAACACAUGAUUUCUAGUUUGAUACUGAUAUGGUCAAGUGAAUAAAUCCAGCUCAGUGCCUUGA